AUGGUCUUCGUGAUAUCCAGACAGGAAAAUGCCCGGGUAGGAAAUGGCAUCCACAUAUCUGAUAGACGAAACGCAUUUUCAUUUAUACUGGCUUUCUUUCUUUCUUUGUCUUUCUUUAUUUUAUUUUUAUUUCUUUUUUAUUUCUUCUUUCUUUCUUUCUUUGUCUUCUUUCUUUUUCUCUUCUUUGUCUCUCUCUCUCUCUCUCUCCUUUAUUCUUUUUCAUUUUCUUAUCCUUCUUUCUGUAUUUCUUUUUCUUUCUUCUCUUUCUUCCUUGGUUGCAUUCCUAAUGUCUUUCUUUUUUCUUUAUUUCAUUCCUUCCUUCCUUCUUUCAUUUCUUUCUUUUUUCUUUUUGUUUUGUCGUUUUCUUUGAUAUUGUUUCUUUUUUGUUUCUCUUUCUUUCUUUCUUUCUUUCUUUCUUUCUUUCUUUCUUUCUUGUUCCUCUUCUUUCCGUCUCUCCCUUUUCUCUACUUUAUUAUUUUCGUUUUUUAUUCUUCCUUCUACAUUCUUUUUUCUUUCCUUUUCCUUUCUUUCUUUUUAAUUCAUUCGUUGUCUUUAUUCUUCUUACCUGUUCUUUAUUCCUCUCUCCUUUCUUUCCUUUAUUCUUUUUCGUUCUUUUAUAUCCAUCUUUUCGCAUUUGUUUUUCUUUCUUUCUUUUACUUAUACUUCAUACAAAUUUCUUUCUUUUGUUUUCUUUCUUUGUCUCUUUUUUCCUUAUCUAAUUCUUUCAUUCCUUCUUUCUUUCCUUGUUUUUCUUUCUUGACAUUUUCUUUCUUUCUUUCUUUCUUUCUUUCUUUCUUUCUUUCUUUCUUUCAGAUAUUCUCCAUGUCUGCUCUCAUCUCUUUUCCUUUUCAUUCUAAUCCUCCUCUUCCUAUAAAUCUCAUCUCCCUCUCGCUCUCUGACUUAUUUCCUAAUCAAUCCGUUUUUUGUCUUCUCUCGCCUUUUUUUUAUUAUAUUCUUUUUUCUUUCUCCUUUUUAUUUUCUCACUCUUUCUUUAAUAUUUUUUCUGUAUCAAUUUGUUUAGAUUCGCAAUUUCUCCCUUUUGUCUUUUCCCAUUUUAUUACCUUUUUUUUAUUUAUUAUCUUUCCAUUCUCCUCGCUUUUUAUUUUCUCUCUCUCAUUCACACUUUUCUUCAUUCUCACUUUUUUUUAA